AUGAACUCUAAUUUUUUCAAUCAGCAGAACAAAGAUGAUAAUAAUCAGAAAAACCCAUUUUUGAAUACACCUUUUGGGUCUCAGCAGAAUACAUUUGGAAAUCAGGUGAACAAGCCAAAUAUAUUUGGGGGCCAAUCCCAGCAGACAGGAGCAUUUGGAACUCAACCUACAGGAGGGAUGUUUAAUUCUGCGCCGCCAGCAGGAUUCGGUGGAAGUGGGCAGGGCUUUUCCGCACAAGGAUUUCUGAAUAAGCAGAAUCCAAGUACCGGAUUUAAUGUUCAGCAACCUCAACCGUCAACCUCCUUAUUUGGGAAGUCCUCAAACCUUCAACCUAAUGGAAGCUCCUCAAUAUUUGGAGGGCAGAGUACACUUCAGCCAUCGGAAAGUCCUUUUAAACCCCAACCAACUGCUCCAUCAUCCGGUGUCUUUGGAACACAGCAACUGAAUAAUACAUUUGGAACACAAUUUCAGCCACAAACAGGAAAUGCUUUUGGAACACAGGCAGGGGGAACUAGUCAACCAGUCAACCCAUUUGCCAGUUCUAUACAAGAUCCACUUUCUACUGGGAUACGGUCUACUCAAGAUCAAGGAAAUGUGGAAUCCUCAAGAAUGGCCUCGGGAAAUGGGUUUGGAGCCUCGCAAUCUUCAGGAGAGAGACAGAAUUUAGGUCCUCAAAUGCAGCAAGCCAUUCCAAGCAAUCCACAAGCCUCAGGCCCAUUUUCUACUUCAGUACAUACUGCAGCAUCCACUCUUGGUACACAGCAAAACAUACCAUUUCAGUUUACUCCAGCACAAGAAUCCCAGCCUGGGGCUAGCAGCGCACUUCCUUCACCAGUAGCACCUUUAGGUUCUGAACCGUUAUCUCAAGGAACAGAAGCAAGGGAUGCAGACUCUUCCGUCAGGAAGGCCAGAGGAUCUGCUUCUGUCUUCAAUCAGGGAGUGGGGGAAAAAGGAGUGAGCUUUAUGCAAAUGACGCUUGGAGAAAUUAUACAGCAGCAAACAAGAAAGCUUGAAGAGAAUAUAAGAGUCUUUAAGGAGAAAGCAAAAGAGGUUUUUGAACAGGAUGAGAGGAUAAUCAGGUCUUUGAAUAAUUACAAGCUAAUAAGAAACAGAAUUGAAGAAGAAGAGCGUGUGAUUGCAGAAACAGAGGAGAAUGUAGAGUUUUUUGAAAAAUGGCUCUGCAACUUCCAGGAAGAGGUUCCUGAAGGAUCUGAGGAUGAGCUUCUAAUGUGCAUCAAAGAGUUUGAAAGAGUAUGCGAUAAAUACAACAAGACCAUCGAAACUCUCAAAGAUGAAGAAGAUGAAGUCAUGUGCCUGGUUAAUGAAAAUUAUAAUCUUAUCACUACUAUUGAAGAAAAACUUGAGAUUCUUGAGAGAUAUUGA